AUGUCCUCACCAUCCCCUUGGCUCUCCGGCACCCACUCCGGUCACGUCUCCGUAGAUGGCAUUCAGAUAUUCCUCUCCGCAUCCGGCCCCGCACGACAAACAAUCAACAACACCCUCCAGCCCGCCGUAAUCAUCGAAGCCGGUCUGGGCAGCAGUCACAGCGAAUGGGUCGUAGUGCAGCGCCUCGUCGCCGAACGUGCCCGUGUAUACACCUACGACCGAGCCGGGUACGGCCUAAGCGAUAUGUCUCCGCGCGAACCCACGGCUCAGAACCGCGUGUACGAAUUGUCUCGAUUACUGGAAGUAGCUGGGAUUGAGCCACCCUAUGUGCUGGUCGGGCAGUCAUACGGCGGGGUUCUGAUCCGGGAGUUCCUUCGCGUUCAUACGAAGUCGAAAGUGGCCGGGAUGGUGAUUGUUGAUUCUUGGAGAGAACCUAAUCCGCUACCCUCGGGAUGGUUUAGCUUGAUGGGUGGAGUAGAGCUCAAUGUGGUCCUGGGGUUAGAUUUGAAUCACGCGUUUUCGGCGGAGGAGUACCAGAAGGUAAAGGGGGAUGAGGAACGGAAUGAGGCUAUGUUUGGUGUUGAAGAGGGGUUCGUGGCUAGGAGUAUGGAGAUGGUUAAUGACGGAUUACCGGUGGGGUUCCAGGCGAUGGGCGAUGGACGGUUGAGUGUGGUGUUUGGGAAUCGGUCGAUGGAUUUUCGCAAGGUUUUGGAGUUUGGGGUUGCUAAUGGGUAUGGUACUGAGGAGGCGAGGGAGAGUCUUGCUAAACGGCUGGAGACUAUGGAACGGGUUGAUGAGGAGAGUCAGAGGGAUCAUCUUGGGUUGUCGAGUCAGAGUCGGUUUGUCUAUGCGCAGGGCAAGGCAAUGACGCAUAAUGUGCAUUAUGUGGCUCCGGAGCUGAUUUGUGACGAGGUCUUCUGGGUGAUGGGGCUGACGGAUCGAUAG